CUGCUGUAGUUGCUGUUGUUGGUUUGCUGUUGCUUUUUCAAUUCGCCGCUCUGCUCACCUCGCCUCGUCGUCGUCUCUCGCUCGCUCUCUCUUUCUGCCCGCAAGUCUGUAGGCUGCUGUCGUCGUCGCCACCAAAUUGUCAUGGUGUUCGAAGAGGAAGAAGCACAGAGCACAUUGGCUGGGUUAUAAAUUUCGAGUGGCUCUUUCGCUAGGAAAUCUUUGAAUAAACCGCAUCGAAACCAGCUCAACCGAAAGGUAAUUUUAUUAUCUACAAUUUGCGAUCAAAAGCACCUCGCUGGCUCAUCUGGAACUGUGUGAAAAACGUGGCGGAAAAAUCCAUACAAGACGAAAUGGAAAAAAUGUGAUUGCUGCCUUUAAUUAUUAUUUUGGUGUUGAUGUGAAGAAUCCUUAGGUGCUAAUUUAGUUGAUAAGACCAAACGAGAGAGAGCGAGAGAGAUAUAAAGAUAACACACACACACACACAGAGUACAAUACAACUGUUAUCCGCCAAGUACAUUUCCAACUGGGUGGCAACCUUUUUCGUUGGAGCGGGCACCUAAAAGUAUGCAACACAAAAACGCCAGCGACGAUUGCCUUGCUGCCAGGCGCAACUAACGAGAGUAACGGAUAAAGAGGAAGAGCGAGAGAGAGAGAGAGAGAGAGCGCCGACCAAACGGUUAUUGUUUUUACUUCCCCCUGCGGAUAACUCUGCAGCGAAAUGUCCAAAUAUUUCGUGCCUGUUGCCCCAAACAGCAGCAGCAAUGGAAACAACAACAGCAACGGCAACACCACCACACAGCAGAGACAGCAACAACAUCAGCAGCACCACCAACAGCAACAACAACAUUAUGGUGGCUCCGGUGGCACUUAUGUGGCACGAAGACUCAACUACGACAUGCUGGGGGGAGGCAACACCACCACAAACCACAACAACAACAAUAUUGUGAUCAAAAGCGAGAAGCUGGAUCUGGAUUAUGAUCACGGUUUGAGCAGCAGCGACAGCAACAGCAACAGCAAUAGCAACAGCAACAGCGGUGUGGCCCCCCAUCUGAGAGAUCACGUGUACAUCAGUCAGGAUAAGAGCGCAGGAGGAGUAGGAGUCCACACACCCGCAACAGUGGUUAAUGCACAGCAGCAACAGCAGCGUGUUGGUGUCAGUGUGACCAGCAAAUCGAAUGAUAUCACCAAGUACUACAAGGUCAAGCGCCGGCCGCAGCCCGUCACCGACGAGAUCCAUCCCAAGAAGCAAGCGAAGCAGGGCCUUCUGCAUCAGACUGUUGGCUAUCAGAAGCAUGUUGGGGCCAGCAGUACGCCGCAGCCACAGCAGCAGCAACAGCCACAGCAACGCCGACAACAGCAGCAACAGCAACAGCAGCAGCACGAACUCGAGCUAGAUAUAGAGGAUGAUGUGUCGGAGAGGAGCAGCGGCAAGCCGUCGGCUACGCAACAUUCGUUUGUGCUGACAACGCCCCAACAGCAGCUGUCCGCUUCGGUGUCUAGCACCGGCGGUGGCGGCGGAGGCGGAGGCGGCGGCGGCUCAUCGGCCGGCGAUCGCAAUCGGGCCGAUACCUCGUUGGGUAUAUUGACCAAAAAGUUUGUCGAUCUGCUGCAGGAGUCGCCCGACGGCGUUGUCGAUCUGAACGAGGCCUCCACCCGGCUGUGCGUGCAGAAGCGUCGCAUCUACGACAUUACCAACGUGCUCGAGGGCAUCAAUAUAUUGGAGAAAAAGUCCAAAAACAACAUCCAAUGGCGGGGCGGACAGUCGAUGGUCAGCCAGGAGCGCUCCCGUCGCAUCGAGGCCGAGUCCGAGCGUCUGGAGUAUCGCGAGAACGAGCUCAACAUGCGACUCGAUCAGAUGCGGGACGAGCUGGCGAAGAUUUCCAGGGAAGUGGAGGAUGCCGGCGGCAAGGCCUAUGUGACGCAAAAUGAUCUACUGAAUGUGGACAUGUUCAAAGAUCAGAUUGUGAUUGUGAUCAAGGCGCCACCGGAGGCAAAGCUUGUGCUGCCCAACACAAAGUUGCCGCGAGAGAUUUACGUGAAGGCCGAGAACGGGGAGAUCAAUGUGUUCCUCUGCCAUGACAACUCGCCGGAGAACUCGCCCAUAUCCUCGGGCGCUGGUUACUUGGGUACACACCCGGGCGCCGGGUGUGUGCGGACAGCCACAUCGACACGACUGCACCAUCUGACCAGCCAGCGAAUGAACGAUCCGCUCUUCAAUAACAUCGAUGCCAUGAGCACAAGGGGAUUAGAUCCCACACCAUAUCGCUCGGCCCAGCGGAACCUCAGCAAAUCGAUUGAGGCCGCCGCGGCUCAGCAAUCCUCCCAGCCUGAAUAUAAUAACAUUUGUGAUAUUGCGAUGGCCCAGCAGCAGCAGCAGCAACACGAUGAUGACGAUGUGGAUGCCGAGCUGCAACAGCUGGUGCCUACGCUCACCCAUCCGGUGGUGCGCAGCCAACUGUAUGGCCAGCAGCAGCAGCAGCAGCAGCAGCAUAACUCCAUCCAGCAGCUGUUUAGCAGCUUAACCGAAUCCUCUCCCACGCCCACGACAAGACGUCGGGCGGCAGCAGCAGCUGCAAUUGCCGCGGGGCAUCCCACAGCCACAGCAGCAGCAGCAGCAACAACCACAGCAACCACUACGCUUAAUAGUCAUAACAGCAGUUCCCAACCUCCCACAAUAGGCUACGUCAGCAGCAGGAGCAGUCAGCCACCUCCACAACCACAACACCAGCAGCAACAGCAGCAGCAGCAGCACCUCCAUCAUCAGCAACAGCCACAGCCACAGCAACGUCGCAGCGAUGUGCCCAUGUAUAAUUGUGCAAUGGAAGAUGCCGCCGACGCCACAAGAGAAAAAGCAGCCGCAACAAGAGGCAAUGCAGCGACAACGUCAUCAUCGUCUGCCUCCUCGGCAAUGGGCUCGCUGCAUAUGCAGUUUGCGGCAGUCGCUGGUAACAACGAGGUCUGCGACAGUGGCAAUGGCAGCAGUUAUGGCAACCUGUCCGGCGCUGGCGCCAGUGCGGAUCACCAUCAUCAGCAAUACAGCCAAAAUCGCCAUAACCUGCCUCUGCCGCCCAGUAUGGGCAAUUGUGAUGCCAGCAGCAACAGCAGCAAUGUAACGCUUCAGAGCCUCGAUGCUUUCUUCAAUGAAAUGGGCCCGGACUACUUCAGCAAUGACAUGGCCUUUGUGUCCAUCAACCCGCCGGACGAUAAUGACUAUCCGUAUGCGCUCAAUGCAAACGAGGGCAUCGAUCGUCUGUUUGACUUUGGUUCCGAACCCUACGAACCCUAAGAGGAGACGCAUCCACACAUACAAAUACAACCACAAACACAAACACACAUAUAUAUACAUAUAUCAGUGAAUGUAUAUACGAAAUUCUGGGAUUCUGGGAUUCUAAGAGAAAGGAGAAAUCAGCAAACUUAAUGAAACUAAGUUGUGUGUAAGGUUUUAAGCGUAAAGUUAUACAUUUAAAUUUAUAAUCCCAAAAGUAAUUUAAGCGAAACAAAAAACAAAAAACAAAUUCUACUCUACGAAAGAAAACUCAGCCUCACACCAGAAAACAACAAAAUAAGCAAACAUUUUAUAAAAACAAACAUUUCAAUUUUAGCCUUAAAAGAAAGCAAAACAAAAAAUAUACAAGGAGGAGAAUCAGGAAUAAGCGGUACAAGCAUAGGCCACACACAAAAGGAAACACACAAAUUAUAUAAGUUCGAAUACUUCCUACUCUCAUCCAGGAACCUAUUUUGGACUAGAACUGUCUGUAAAUUACUAAAAUACACAAAAACACAACAAACAAA